ACUGUCAACAUAACCUAAUCCUCACAAGCGAUGAGUGUCACGAACAGUCAGACCAAGUCAGUCAGACUGUGGGGAGCGAUCAUAACCUCAUUUUACCGUAAACUCGCUCUUCCGAGUGAAAAGCCGUCUGAAAAUAUUGUGAUUGUCGCAACAAGAGCCCUCAGAUGAGCGAAAAUGUUCGCUGUUCUCCGUAGAAUUCCGAAGAGUAGACUAGCCCUGUUCGGGUUUUUCCCGCAAAGCGCGGAUGAGGUGAAAACCCCAGGGUAUGAGGAGCUAAACCCGCAGUACAGGGGUAUAGAGGCGGUACGACGGUUGUUCAGACCUGACGAAUAUGGAGAACUCUCUCAGGAAAUGGCGGCUGCCGUCCACAUGAGUGGAGCUAGCGUCUUACUGGGGGCUGUGUAUGGGGCUAUUCUCCAUGGAAGGGAGGCCUGGUUCGCCUUCAUGGAGAACAACCAGGCGACGCAAUUCCAUCACCACAUGGAGGCUAAAAAAAUGCUGCAGGACAGAGUGACAAUGGCGAUAUGUAAAGGUGGCUUCAAGUGGGGGUUCAGGAUUGGAGGAUUCACAACCGUCUUCAUUUUCCUAAACACAUUCAUAAGAGUAUUUCGGGGUGAGCCUGGAGUGAUCGAAUACGUGGGAGCAGGUGCGAUAACAGGUGGACUAUUCAAACUGAAUUUAGGACCUAAAGGAAUGUUCGCUGGAUCCCUCGCGGGGGGUUUCCUGGGUCUCCUCGGUGGCUCUGUCUCCAUGAUUCUUCUAUACUUGACAGGAUACACAAUAGACGACAUAGAAAAAACUCAAUAUGAAAUGCACGCCAACAGGAACGAGGCUGUCCGAACUGCUAUGAAACUUCAAAUGCUGGACGAGCACGAAAAAAUCCAGGUCCUAGCUGCGAAAGUGGAGGAAAAAUUGAAUCGCCGACCUCCACUAGACGGAGUCCCAGAGAUUGCGACAGAGCCCCUCGAAGGAGAACAGAAAUAAAAAAAAUCGCCGAUACGAAGAAACAUUUUGUACAUACUAGUUCAUGUUACUAUAUUAGAUUAAACAGAAUCAAAAGUCA